UCAUUUGGAUAUUAUUACAGAGGUAGUGUGUGCCGAGAUGAAAGCCUAAAGAUGGAUGAAACUGACGCAGAUGGAGAGUGGAGUGAUGAGGAGGUCCUACAGUCUGGUUCCCAGACAGGCUUAUCAGAAACAGAACAAGAGGAUGGACAACUGGCUGCAGUCAUUCAGAUCCAAAGGCCAAGGCCUCCCUUCAGUGGCAUUGUAAAAAACGGACAGCUGACCAUGACGUCGUCUUACCCUCUCAGCGUGCCGCCCAGCACAGACCCAGUUAGUGUGAUGAUGGACAAGAUAGACGCCGAACUGCUGGCCAUUGAGAAGGAAGAAACCAUGGCAAGCAGGCCCAGGAAAUUAAAUGACAAUGUUAGACCUAAUGAAAUCGGCCAGAAGUAUGCUAAUUCUGGGACACCAGAAGUCGAGUUCUCUGAUCCACGUACAUCAGGAGCUAGAGCCAUAAAGGAAUCAUCCAACUCAGACAUCUUGUCUUUUAAGAAAAGUCUUACCACAGAAGGAAAAGAUUUGAAUGAUUCAAAAAUUGUGUCAGACGUGCCCAAGGACCUUGACCCCAUAACAGCUAGUGAAAUUGAUGCCAAAUUUAAAGAAAUUAUGAGUAAAAAGAAAGAUCAAAACCCAGAGUCAGUUCUGGAAACUUCUAGACUCAGUGGACGACCUCCUAGACACAGUCUGACAAACAAUUCACAUCGAGUCACCAUCCAAGAGUCUCUGGUUCCUCAGAGUGCGCACGACCAAGGGAGGCAACUGGAGAAUCUCAUUGCCAGACUCAGGCUGAAGAACGCUUCUCGCCCUUCGGCCACGAUGCUGAGCUCAGGGGGUUACGCCACAGACAAUGAGUCUGUCAAGACUGAGGACUUUGAAUCCAAAUUUUUCAGUUUAAUGGUAAACCCGACAGAGGCGGAUCGACAGCAGACGUUGGUGAAAAGAAUAGAAGAAGAACAAUCUCAGCAUCCCACGACAGAUGGCGCCCCUCAUUCUAUUCUAAAAGUACAGUUAAGUCGUCCCAGGAGCUGCAGCCCUGUACGAAUGCGGGAGAAGAGAAAGCCUGGUUACUUAAGAACAGAUGUUUUCCAGCAAGCAAGCAUCCCACCAACUGGUACUGACAGAGAUACUGAAAGGAGGGCUAGGUCUGUGUCACCCUCUUCCAAAAAUAGAAAUUUCAUCCCAUCUCAGAAGGCCACAUUGACAGCAAACUCCAAUUUAAUUAUCAACCCUUGUUUGAUAAAGCAGACUGAAAAUGCUGACAUCACUGAGUCUACUGCUGCCAAGUCUAGUACCAUGGACAAUACUAUUAAACUGUUGCAUCAGUCUGAAAUGGAAGAUUUGAAAAGUAUGAGGCAUACGCUGUCUAAAACACGUCAAGACCUCACACAAAUAGAACAUACUCUGUUGGACACAAGAGAGUUAUCAGAGGAUGCUAAGUCAGGAUUGAUGAUGCUGGAGUUCAAACGAGGCAUUGUGUCCCAAGAUCUAGAGAGGCUGAAUGAAGAGAUGAAGAGGAAGCAGGGACAACUCACUGCCCUAGACACUGAGCUGCAGAACAAGUUGGAAGAUUUGAAAACAAUGAAAAGUUUGGCAGUUACUAAAGAGGAGUGUCUGGAAGUAAAAAAUCUGAAAGAGGAAAACCGAAAUCUCAAGAACAAGUUAAGGAAUGCAGAGAGUUUGCAGGCAGAAAGAGAUGAGCUGAUCCAACAAUUGGAUGCUACCAAAGAAGAGUUGUUUAGGGAACAGAAACACAAUCGUCUCCAGACUGUGGAGGUUCAAGAGGAGAUGGAAUCUCUAACAUCAAAAGUGGAAGAAAUUCAAGUUGGCUGGGCUGAGGAUCAAGACCAACUGGCUAAACUACAACAAGCUUAUAGGCAAAUGGAGAAAGAAAAGAAUGAGUUAAUUAAGGGUAAGGCCCAAGAGUAUGAACAGAUGAAGAUGUCACUCAAGGAGGAGGUGAACCACAUACAACAGAGGAUGGGGAAAGAGCUGAGUGACCUGGGGAAUGAGGUCACAGAGUUAAGGAUGAAAGUCGGUCAACUCACAACUGACAAUGCUUCUAAAGAUAUACAGCUGAAGAGCUUAAAGGAACAAAUAGAAGAUCUCCAGACUACCCUGGCCAAAGAGAGACAAGAAAAGUCCAAGGCAGCCAAUAAUUACAAAACUGCAUUAGGUCAACUCAAGAAAGAAAUGUCUACAGCAGUCUCUAAAAUGAAAGACUCCAUGUUUCUUGAGAAGCAGAAAGCUGUUGAAGGCCUGAAGAAUGAGUUGGAGCAGGAGCGCAGAGAGCUGGUGAAACACCAUGAGGAUAGGCUCAACCAAAUUAUGGAAGACCAUUUGUACCAAAUAGCUGAAAAAGAGUCUCAAAUAUCAAAUUUACAUGAGGUAAUUAGAUGCCAGGAAAGACAAAUACAAACUGAAAUUGAUUUGCAGGUCCAUGAAGCUCUAUUAAGAGAAAGAACUUUGAUGGAGCAGGAAACUGAAUGGCAGCUGAAGAAAGAGCGGGAAGAUAAUAGUCGCAGAAUCAAUGAACUGGCAAUGCAAUGUGAGCGGGAUAAGCAAGUCAACAAAGAUCUGCAGGCAGAAGUUGGAAACUUAAAGAAGGAGCUGGAGGAACAGAAGAGAUUACAAAGAGAAUCCAGCAAAGAGAAGCUUCUGGCUGUGUCUAAAGCAAAGGAGCAAAUGAAACAACAGAACAAUGCAGAGAUUGAGCGAGUCAAGUUUAAUAUUAAUCAGGAACAUGAGCACGAGUUUGAUCAGCUGAGAGAGCAGCUGAGGAUGAAGGAAGAUGAAGCAACACAACUUUGUCUGGAGAAGCAGGCAGCUCUUGAGAGGGAGAAACAAAUUUUACAGGUGCUAGAACAAACUGAAAGAUUGAUCAUUGGUGAAAUCAAUGAAGAAUGCCAAAAAUUGUCCCGACUUCUUGGAAUUACUGUACACAAUUUAUCACAAUCCAAUUACAAGCCUGAACUAUCAGACAGUCGACAAAACAUAACAAGUCGUUGUAUCCCUGUCAUUACCUCAGCCAUGGCAAACCUCCGUAGUUGUAAUGAUCAUAUCUCCAAUCAUGUGGAGGAACUGAAUGCAGAAGUGGAGUCUCUUAGAUCUAUGAUGGAUGCAGUGAUAAAAGAAAAGGAGGAGGCUGUUGAAAGUUGCAAGCUGGACAUGGAGAGGCAAAAAACUCUAGAUCUGGAGAUGUUAAAGGAAAAACUGUUGAAGGACCAUGUGCAUGAGAUGAGUCGAGUCAUUCAGGAGUGUGCUAGCACCAACACCCAGCUCAGGACUAACAGUGAUUACCUCCAGCGCUAUGGCGAUGCAGCAAUGCUGGAAGCCUUGCAGGCUAAAGAGGAUGAGCUGCACAGUCUGGAGCAGUCCAUGGCCCAGUGGAAAAGUGAAACAGAGGAGAAGUUCAAUACACAGCUCCAGCUGAUGAUGGCCAAGGAAAGAGAAAAGUACCAGGCUGUGCAGCAUCAUACAACUCGGGAACAGAACAGAAUUAAUGAUCUUCAGAAAAGGGAGAUUGAAAGACUAGAGGCGGAGGUUGAAAAGCUUUCUAUGUCUCAAGUGAAGAGCACCAACAAACUUCUUAGGUCUCCGUCACCCACCAGCAGCAUUAGCCAGAUGUCAGACUCCCUCUCAGUGCCACUGUCCAACCCCAUGUCCCCAGGGAAUCUCAAGUCAUCUCAGCAGUACCUCCAGGCACGCAUACAGCAGCUUCAAGCAGACAAUGCAGCACUGAGAAAGCAGAGACUGAGGGCGGCAGGGCAGUUAGGGUCAUUACCUACUGUAACUAAUACUAAAGGAUUUAGAGUGAUUUCCCCCAAAGAACAAGCCAGAAUCUCUUCUCCUGACUGUGAAAAUGUUCACUGGUUGACUGACAAAAUCAAGCAAGGAGAGAAGGAAGCUAUCAAAGUGAAGGAGCAAGCUAAAGUGAACCAAAAAAUUCUAAACAACAGGAUGGAUGAGAUGGCAAGGCUACAAAAUACAUUGAUAACUCAGAAUCAGGAGCUUCAAGAGCUGGAGAGAGCCUACAAUGACCUACAUAAACAUUACAACAGCAGACCUUCAUCACCAUCCAGGAACUUGAAUGUUACAGUUUAGCUGCACUAUGUCACUAUCAUCCUGCGACUCGCAUAAAUAUUACAACCAGAAUCAUUGCCAACCAGGAAUCUAAAUGUCACAGUUCAACAGUAUGAUGUUCACCAACAUUUUCAUUAAAUUUCUUUGAGUAGUAUAAACAGAGUGACAUGCACAUAGUGACAUGCAAUGUAUGUCAGAGCUACAUUGUAAUACUGAAAGCAUUAUUUACUGGAUGGAGUCAAAAUUUUGCUAAAAAAAAAAUUGUACACAUUAGAUAACUUCCUCCUACAUCAAAUCACUUCAAAAGUGAGUCCUAUAAACUUACUAAUUUGCCUUGUCAGAAAUUCAUAAACCUUAAUGAUAAAUAUCUAAACAUACACAAUUGUUUUCUUUUAAAUCGUAAAACAGUUUAGCCAUUGUAAAUAUCUUCAUAAGUCACUGUCACCGUUACAUUUUACUUAUUUUAGUAUCUCGCAGUGACUGAAGAAAUGUUUAGAAAUAUAGAUAUAGAAAAGCCUCAUUGCUCUAUGUACUUUAACAGGGUCAAAAUCAACACUGCCACAUUUUUUUACUAUGCUCAAAUACAAUGCUCUGAUAUUAGAAUUCUUGUCACUAUGCAGUAUUGUUAAUACAUAAAUAUAAUAUCAUCCUAUGGGACAAGAGAUAGUGAGUACAAAAAUGAAUGAGCCACAAUUAUUUGUCUGUUAGUGUGCUUUGUAAAAACGUUGAUAAAUGAAGAUUUUAUUUUAGAUUUUUGUGAUAAUGGCUCACCUUCAAGGUUAAAACAAAAGCUAAUAUUUUUUUUUUGAAUUUUGAAUUAUUCAUAUAAUUCUAUAAUUUCUAUUGUUUAUGAAAUGUGCAAAAAAAAAAUUAUUUAUUAUUUUCAAGAUGAUAAUGACCUGUUAUCAGAUAACAAAUUUUUAUUUUGAUUUUCUAGAACCUCCAUAUCCAAUCCAUUCCUAAAUCUUUCAAUGUAAUUUCUUUUUUUAUUAUGUUUGUCAAAUUUAAAAUAAAUAAGAUUUCUCAUGAAAAAAACUAUCAAUUUAAAUAUGUAGCUGCUUCUGUUCUUCACUUAUCGAUUGUUAUUCUUAGCUAAGAAUGUGAUUUUGACUUAAUGCCUAAUGGGUUGAUAUGAAUCUAAGUUGCAGCUCUCAAUAGUUGUCUAUAGUUCACAGUGUGUCAUUGCAAUGGAAUUUAACUCUCUCCUUUAGAAUUCUUGUUUUCUAGUGGAUCAAACAACUUAGAACACUUAACUCUCUCCUUUAGAAUUCUUGUUUUCUAGUGGAUCAAACAACUUAGAACAUUUAACUCUCUCCUUUAGAAUUCUUGUUUUCUAGUGGAUCAAACAACUUAGAACAUUUAACUCUCUCCUUUAGAAUUCUUGUUUUCUAGUGGAUCAAACAACUUAGAACAUUUAACUCUCUCCUUUAGAAUUCUUGUUUUCUAGUGGAUCAAACAACUUAGAACACUUAACUCUCUCCUUUAGAAUUCUUGUUUUCUAGUGGAUCAAACAACUUAGAACAUUUAACUCUCUCCUUUAGAAUUCUUGUUUUCUAGUGGAUCAAACAACUUAGAACAUUUAACUCUCUCCUUUAGAAUUCUUGUUUUCUAGUGGAUCAAACAACUUAAAACAUUUAACUCUCUCCUUUAGAAUUCUUGUUUUCUAGUGGAUCAAACAACUUAAAACAUUUAACUCUCUCCUUUAGAAUUCUUGUUUUCUAGUGGAUCAAACAACUUAGAACACUUAACUCUCUCCUUUAGAAUUCUUGUUUUCUAGUGGAUCAAACAACUUAAAACAUUUAACUCUCUCCUUUAGAAUUCUUGUUUUCUAGUGGAUCAAACAACUUAGAACACUUAACUCUCUCCUUUAGAAUUCUUGUUUUCUAGUGGAUCAAACAACUUAAAACAUUUAACUCUCUCCUUUAGAAUUCUUGUUUUCUAGUGGAUCAAACAACUUAAAACAUUUAACUCUCUCCUUUAGAAUUCUUGUUUUCUAGUGGAUCAAACAACUUAAAACAUUUAACUCUCUCCUUUAGAAUUCUUGUUUUCUAGUGGAUCAAACAACUUAGAACACUUAACUCUCUCCUUUAGAAUUCUUGUUUUCUAGUGGAUCAAACAACUUAAAACAUUUAACUCUCUCCUUUAGAAUUCUUGUUUUCUAGUGGAUCAAACAACUUAAAACAUUUAACUCUCUCCUUUAGAAUUCUUGUUUUCUAGUGGAUCAAACAACUUAGAACACUUAACUCUCUCCUUUAGAAUUCUUGUUUUCUAGUGGAUCAAACAACUUAAAACAUUUAACUCUCUCCUUUAGAAUUCUUGUUUUCUAGUGGAUCAAACAACUUAGAACACUUAACUCUCUCCUUUAGAAUUCUUGUUUUCUAGUGGAUCAAACAACUUAAAACAUUUAACUCUCUCCUUUAGAAUUCUUGUUUUCUAGUGGAUCAAACAACUUAAAACAUUUAACUCUCUCCUUUAGAAUUCUUGUUUUCUAGUGGAUCAAACAACUUAGAACACUUAACUCUCUCCUUUAGAAUUCUUGUUUUCUAGUGGAUCAAACAACUUAAAACAUUUAACUCUCUCCUUUAGAAUUCUUGUUUUCUAGUGGAUCAAACAACUUAGAACACUUAACUCUCUCCUUUAGAAUUCUUGUUUUCUAGUGGAUCAAACAACUUAAAACAUUUAACUCUCUCCUUUAGAAUUCUUGUUUUCUAGUGGAUCAAACAACUUAAAACAUUUAACUCUCUCCUUUAGAAUUCUUGUUUUCUAGUGGAUCAAACAACUUAGAACACUUAACUCUCUCCUUUAGAAUUCUUGUUUUCUAGUGGAUCAAACAACUUAAAACAUUUAACUCUCUCCUUUAGAAUUCUUGUUUUCUAGUGGAUCAAACAACUUAAAACAUUUAACUCUCUCCUUUAGAAUUCUUGUUUUCUAGUGGAUCAAACAACUUAGAACACUUAACUCUCUCCUUUAGAAUUCUUGUUUUCUAGUGGAUCAAACAACUUAAAACAUUUAACUCUCUCCUUUAGAAUUCUUGUUUUCUAGUGGAUCAAACAACUUAGAACACUUAACUCUCUCCUUUAGAAUUCUUGUUUUCUAGUGGAUCAAACAACUUAAAACAUUUAACUCUCUCCUUUAGAAUUCUUGUUUUCUAGUGGAUCAAACAACUUAAAACAUUUAACUCUCUCCUUUAGAAUUCUUGUUUUCUAGUGGAUCAAACAACUUAGAACAUUUGGAGUUGAGAAACUGUUUGGUGCAAUACAUUCAGUGACAUGAGUAGUUCAGACAUUAUUUUUUUUUGUCCAACAAAUGUCACCUAGACAUAGUCACAUAACUUAUUCGUUUUGUAGUGGUUAAUUCCUGUGUCACUAAAGACGCCAAUCCUUGAUGCACAGGUUGGGCAUCUGUAAUCACCAGACACUGUUGCAUUUUCACCCUUCUUUCCACAACUUUACGCUCGCUCUCCAUGUGGAUCUAUCUAGUGCCACUUUUUCCCACCUUUUAGUGUCAAUUUUGAAGAGCUUCAUGUUGUGUUUGUAUACUAUCGGUAUACUGUAAAAGUGGACUCUCCUGCCUUCUAUUAGAUCGCCAUACAGAAUGUCUUGUGGAAAUCGACCUACUGGCAUUCUAUGAACAUGGCCAAGCCAGUCAAGGCGUCUUCUGCUGAUAACACAGUGGAUGUCCUGGCACACUGCUCUUCGAAGCACUUCCUCAUUGCCACCUUAUUUUAAAGAUCCGCCUUAGGCAUUGGAGGUGGAAGACAUUCAGCUUUUUUUCCUGCCAAGAAGUUGCUAAGGGGAAAAGACGUAAAAUGCCACAUUGUGGUUAAUUGUUGGAAUGUUAAGUAUACAAUGCCCUCAUUAUAUGACACUUAAGAAAUCCUGUUGAAAUCAUCACACCAGAAGGAUAAUUUAUUAAACUCUUUGAAUUAAAAGGACACAAUUUUUCUAGUGUGCACUUUGGAUAUUGACACAGUUGUUCAAUGUUUGAGUCUUGUUCCAUUCCCCACAGAUGGAAGUUUUGGCACUUUCAGUAUCAAUUUCAUCGUAGACCAACCUAUGCUGUUGUAAUCUGUUGACAAUCAAAUGUGUUUGUUGUUGUUUUUCAAUCAAAACUUUAAUGACAAAAUAAACAUUAAAAAAUAAAAACAAUAUUGGACAUAACACAUUUCAUUCCUAUUGAGAAAUUUUCUUUUUUUCUAAAUGCUUCACUUUAUUAUUAUUGUUUAGAUUAUGACAAAUGUAUACAUGAACUAUGCCUACAAACAUUGCCAUUGGUGUUAAGUCUGUGAUAGGGUAGAUAACUCAUGUUUUUAUUUUGAAUAUUUAUUGUAAUUGUUAUUGUCCUUUAUAUUUCUGUGAUAUUAGAGUAAAAUCAAAAGAGAUGAUUGUUUUAUUCCUUUAUUUCUUGCAUCAAGUCAAACUUGCAUUCACCAUUGGGAUUAGGAAAUCUUUAUUAUUGAGUAGAACUAUGUUGAUGAUUAUAUACUUUAUGUAAAUGAUUGUCACAAUCAAAUCAUUAUCUUCAUUUUGUUAUAUCUGUAUCUGAAUAACAGAUUCACAGUUACCUUACUAUUUUACAUAUUACCAAUAUUACUUUGCAAAAUUUGUUUCUUUAUAAUAAUGUGACUAUUUCAGUCUAUGUUUUAUUUUUCAAAUAUUGUCUAUUUAAUUAUUGGUAUAUCAAUGAUUGGUUUGAUAUAUUCAUAUAUAAAUGAGCCCCUGCUAGACCUUCUAUGAUGCUGACGUUGCUUGUAUAAGUAAUCAUGUGUAACAUGCAAGUCAAAUAGAAAACCUUCUAAAUCACAGUCAACGUAAAAAAGCUUAUUUUCUCAGAUCUUGCGAUCUAUAGGGCUCUGAAUCAUAGCUGUUGAUUUUCUGUUCUUAGAAUGAUUUGUGUAUGACUUACAAAAGUUUCAUGCUUGAGAAAAUAUUGACAAUGUUGGACCAUGUCUGACUUUGUUUUAUGAUCACAACUGCAAAUUGUGCUAGUGAAUGACCUAUUACUAUUUGUUGUAUUUCACUUUGAUGUAUGAAGCCCAAACUGGUGGAUGAAUACCAGAUGUGACUUCUGCCUGAAUGUUGACAUGGGAGAAUAGAGUUUGGAGUUUUACAGCGGCUUUACUUCUGUGUCGUUUCGUUGCUGUUCGAACGGUUGAACUGCACAGAAAACAUAAACCCCUUUUUUUACAAAGCUUAUAUCAACUCACUCUUGUUUGGUAAAAAAGUUUGGACAUGUUAUUUCUCCCACUGAAUGACCUUACGAAACCUUCUCAUUCUGAUUUCAGGAUUAAAUAUUUUGGUCCUUUCCUGCACUUUAUAGACUGAUUCAGAGUCAAGUUUGGUAGAAAUAACCACAUGACUUUUUUUUUUUAAUAAAUCUAAUAGUUUGUACAUGUUAUUGCUCCCACACCCAUUCUGAGAUCAAGUUGAAACUUUGAACAAUUAUUCAUUGGCAUAGACAAGACAUGUGGCCUCUGUGGACUUAAAUUUGGCCACCCCUGCCUUAUUGAACAUGUUUUUACCACACCCAUUGUCACCCAUUGUAAAGUUCCCCUUUCAAACUUUGUGAUAUAUAGGGCAGAUGAUGAUAAAGUCAUCUGUUUCUUUAGUUAAUGAGCAGGGUGUCAAAUGGCCAGCACAAUGACUAACCGCCUUUACUUUUCCCCAACUAAAAAUCCCAAAUUCGAAAUCCCAUUCUUCACCAAGAUUUGAACUCAGGGUGCCAUAUUCAGAAGCCAAGUGCUUAACCACUCAGCCACUGCACCUUCCUCAGAUUAAGAUAAAAUUUUAAAAACAAUUAUUUAUUUUACCUAAUAAAACAUGAAUCAACUAAAAAAAUUAACCAGUUAGUCAAUUAACAAAUGGUAAUUAAUUGUUUUGUUUGAGAUUGAAUAAUGGAAAUAACUUUAUUGAGAUAUGUAGUUGUAAAUGUGGAGCUAUUUCCCUUAGAUAAUCUUUGCUUUUAAAAAAAAAAGAAUUUUAAAACAAUAUUUUGCUUGUUACAUUUAUAUGUGUAUAAGUUUUGUUCCCCCACUAUUUCAUACUCUAUUUAUAAGUUUGCAUUUGAUUAUGUAAUACUUUUGUUUUUGUAUAGCACAAUCUGUGUGUGUGAUACUUUUCACUUGGUAUGUUUUCAUGAAGUCAUAUACAGAUUCACUAGUAUUAUGUCUACACAAGCUUACUCAUGUGUGUGUGCUAUGUAACUCAAUGUAAUAAACACAUCCCAGACUUAAA